CUUUAGCCAUGGUUAGAACGAGAGUGAAUCUUUCUUUGAUUGAAAGUAUCACUGAGAGGAAAGCCUCAUACAAGAAAAGACAAAAAGGAUACUUGAAAAAGGCUCAGGAACUAAGCACGCUUUGUGAUGUUGAAACUGUUACCGUCGUCUAUAGUCCUUACCAUGAUGAACCUAAGGUGUUUCCAAAUCAUGAUGCUGUCAUUAAUACCUUUACAAAGUUUAGGGAGCUAUCAGAAUUGGAGCAAUCAAAAAAUAGGGUGACACUAGAAGACUUCAUCGAAAAAAGGAUAAAAAAGUUGGGAGGAUCAACUGUGGAAGGUGAGGAAGCAGUACAGGGAGAAGGAGUUCACAAAAAAGAUGUAUGAAGUGUUGAAGGGAAAAGAUAUACCCGCUAACAUUAAACCUAACGAUCUCAAAGACUUAAGUUACGUGAUUAACCAAAACCUCCAAUGGGCAUGCGAACUUAUUAAAGUGAAGGCCAAUCGAGAGGGUUCCGCAUCAAAUGCAACCAUUGUUGGAUCAAUGGUUCAUUGUAGGACCAGCUUCGAGGGGCCAAUUUCUUCUCUGUUUUAUCCUCCAGUGGCUCCAGCAUCGGUGGUUGGUCUGAUGGCUCCGUCGGUGCUUGCGGGUGAGACCAACUUUGAGGGGCCAAUGGAUAACUACCAAAACUAUUCCUAUGAAUUUCCACAGAGUCCAGGAUUCGCUGAGAUGCUGAACUAGAACAAUGAUGAUUUAAUAGAUUUUUUGAUGAUUCAUACUUCAACAACUUCAAUGUUCAAGAUCCAACUUUAAUGUUCACUUCAACAACUUUAAUGUUCUAAGGACCUAGAAUGGUUGUUUGUCACUUUUAGUACUUUUUUUAUGCUGUCUCAUGCACUGUCUGCCUCUUUUACUGUUUGCUUUUCUACGUUGUAUUAAAGGACUCUCCACAUAGCUUUAUUUUUCCCUCACUUGAA